GAUAAAAAAAAUACUAUAUUUUUUAAUAGUACUUAGCAGCACAGUGAUAGCAUUAAGCAGUAGUGAAAAUAUCAAGCAGGAAUAGAAUAAUUUUAUCAAAUCAAAUCAACAAUGAUGCGGAUGCAUACACUAUACCAUCGUUUAACUCUCCUCUCUUUUUCUUCGCCAUUAUCUCUUCUUCCUCUCGCUCCUCCGCUCCACCUCACUCUCCGUCGCAGAACCACCGCUAAUUUCUCCUCCAUGUCCACCUCCCGGCUUCGCCACAUAGCACCUCUCGCUGCUAUUUCCACUGAAGACGGCGCCGUUGGAGCCUCCAACGGCUCCGUUUCUUCCUCUUCCACCGCCGAUGCUUCCAAUGAUUACGAAGAUGAUUCAGUGUUAGGAGUAGGAUAUCGUGUUCCUCCACCUGAGAUUAGGGACAUUGUUGAUGCUCUGCCCGUUCCUGCAUUGUCAUUUUCGCCAUUUAGAGAUAAAAUUAUUUUUCUCAAGCGACGAUCUUUACCUCCGCUGACUGAAUUAGCGAGGCCAGAGGAAAAGUUGGCUGGUUUACGUAUUGAUGGACACUGCAAUUCAAGAAGUCGCAUGUCAUUCUACACUGGUUUAGGGAUCCACCAAAUUCUUCCUGAUGGUACAUUCGGACCAGAGGUUGAGAUACAUGGUUUGCCUGAAGGUGCAAAGAUAAAUUUUGUUACUUGGUCUCCUGAUGCUCGGCAUUUAUCCUUUAGUAUUCGUGUGAAUGAGGAGGACAAUAAUACCAGUAAACUCAGUGUAUGGAUUGCAGAUGUGGAAACAGGGAAAGCCAGACCUUUGUUUCAGUCUCCCGAUGUAUAUUUGAACGCAGUUUUUGACAACUAUGUUUGGGUAGAUAACUCUACAUUGUUAGUUUGCACCAUUCCAUCCACUCGUGGACCUCCACCAAAGAAACCUUUGGUUCCUGGUGGCCCAAAAAUUCAAUCUAAUGAGCAGAGAAACAUUAUUCAAGUAAGAACAUUCCAGGAUUUGCUGAAGGAUGAAUACGAUGAAGAUUUGUUUGACUACUAUGCGACCUCUCAGCUUGUUUUAGCAUCUUUGGAUGGUACUACAAAGGAUUUUGGACCACCAGCUAUUUAUACCUCUCUGGACCCUUCCCCAGAUGAGAAGUACAUUAUGAUUGAUUCAAUGCACAGGCCUUACUCUUUUACUGUACCUUGUGGAAGAUUUCCAAAGAAGGUAGAAUUAUGGACUGCUGAUGGAAAAUUUGUCAGGGAGCUUUGUGACUUGCCCCUUGCCGAAGACAUUCCAAUCACAUCCAAUAGUGUGCGAAAAGGGAUGCGUUCUAUUAACUGGAGAGCUGAUAAGCCAUCAACACUUUACUGGGUAGAAACUCAAGAUGGAGGUGAUGCAAAAGUGGAAGUUUCUCCUCGUGAUAUAAUCUACUCACAACCUGCUGAACCACUCGAAGGUGAACAGCCAGUGAUAUUACACAAGCUUGAUCUCCGCUAUGGAGGAAUUUCUUGGUGUGAUGAUUCGCUGGCUCUUGUAUACGAAUCUUGGUAUAAAACAAGGCGAGUAAAAACAUGGGUAGUCUCUCCUGGAUCUGAAGAUGUGCCUCCACGCAUCCUAUUUGAUCGAUCUUCAGAAGAUGUAUACUCUGAUCCUGGCUCUCCCAUGUCGCGGAGAACCCAAGCUGGGACAUAUAUUAUUGCCAAGAUAAAGAAGGAGGGUGAUGAUGGAAGAUAUGUCUUACUGAAUGGAAGUGGUGCAACACCAGAAGGGAACGUUCCCUUCCUUGAUCUGUUUGACAUAAAUACAGGUAAUAAGGAACGAAUCUGGGAGAGCGAUAAGGAAAAGUAUUUUGAGACUGUUGUUGCUCUAAUGUCUGAUCAAGAAGAAGGGGAUUUACAGUUCGAUAGGCUGAAAAUACUGACUUCAAAAGAGUCAAAAACAGAAAACACCCAAUAUAACUUUGUUAGCUGGCCAGAUAAAAAAAUAGUUCAGGUUACAAAUUUCCCUCAUCCAUACCCUCAGCUUGCUUCAUUGCAGAAAGAGAUGAUCAGGUAUCAGAGAAAAGAUGGGGUUCAGCUUACUGCCACAUUAUACUUGCCACCAGGUUACAAUCCAUCAACAGAUGGUCCUUUGCCAUGUUUGGUUUGGUCUUACCCUGGAGAAUUUAAGAGCAAAGAUGCUGCUAGCCAAGUUCGUGGUUCUCCAAAUGAAUUUGCUGGGAUCGGUUCCACGUCAGCCCUUCUUUGGCUGGCUAAAAGGUUUGCAAUUCUAUCUGGGCCAACCAUUCCUAUUAUCGGUGAGGGAGAACAAGAGGCAAAUGAUAGCUAUGUAGAGCAAUUAGUUGCAAGUGCGGAGGCUGCUGUGGAGGAAGUUAUCCGGCGUGGGGUAGCUCAUCCAAAGAAAAUAGCUGUUGGUGGACAUUCCUAUGGUGCAUUCAUGACUGCCAACCUUCUGGCACAUGCCCCUCAUCUUUUCAGUUGUGGAAUUGCUCGUUCUGGUGCUUACAACAGAACACUUACUCCUUUUGGUUUUCAGAAUGAAGAUAGAACUCUUUGGGAGGCCACUAAUACCUAUGUAGAGAUGAGUCCUUUCAUGUCAGCUAAUAAAAUUAAGAAGCCUAUUUUGCUUAUCCAUGGAGAAGAGGAUAACAAUUCAGGAACAUUAACCAUGCAGUCAGACAGGUUUUUCACCGCUCUGAAGGGUCAUGGUGCUCUUUGUCGGUUGGUGAUUCUGCCUUAUGAAAGCCAUGGUUAUUCUGCCAGAGAAAGCAUCAUGCAUGUCCUUUGGGAAACAGGUAGAUGGCUGCAUAAAUAUUGUGUGUCAAAUACUGCCGAUGCUGGUGAAGAUCAAGAUAUUGGCACAGUCAAAGAAAAUAUUAGCAAAGGAGUUACAGAUGCUGAAAGCAAAGUGGUUGCAGCCAGUGGAGGUGGCAGCAAAGAAGCAUGUGAUCUCGAGCAUGAACAAUCUCAUUCUCUACCAAGGUCAUCGUUGUGAAAAAUUACCUGAUCUUCUGGGAAGCACUUGAAUUGGAGCAUGUAAAUUAUACACGAGGAAGACGAUCGUCAUGAUGCCCUUCACUCAGAGAAUGGAACACUUACAUUAUAAUUAUGGGAUGUAAAACACAUUCAUUCAAUAGCUUCUAUAGCAAUAAUUGCAUUGCUGGUGCAGCGGUGGGUUGCCAAAUCAUCGCCUUCAUGGUUUACCAAGAUGAAGUUACCGUCGCCGCCCCAGUUCUAUAUGCACUAGGCAGUUAGGGCCUUUGGGAUUUCUAACAUGCCUUAAUUAUUCAGGUGCGAUUCAUUAUUGCAUCUGCUAUUGUAUUUCAACAGCAGAUCAAGGAUGUUGGUUCCAGUUAUGUAUAACAACGUAAAUUCUGUAGUAUUGUGUAAUUUGGGUUCAUAAUAAUUCAAAUAAAGUUCAGGGUAUAUUUAUUGAA